AUGUCAUCCUAUUUAUUCAAAUCCAACGUCAAUGAGUAUCUUGAGGGUCUACCAGAAUCUGUGCAGUCUAGAUUGUACCAAUCACCAGCAACAUGUUUAGCCAUAUUCAGAUUACUACCUAGUCUAUCCAAGUUUUUCAUCACCUCAAUGAUUUUCAAUGAGAAGCCUGUUGUUGUAAGAGAUUUCGAUAGAUGGGUUAAGCCAAAUGGGAAGAAAGAAUUAGUAGAGGCGUUAAGAUCGAUCAAGAGUUUACAUUUAUUGAAGGAAAACAAUGGGAUUGCCAUACUAAACCCUGUUUUCAGAAAAAGUUUCAAAAAUGUGUUGACAGGGGCUGAAGUUGGUAAUUCGUUUGGUGUCUUGUGUGAUACUGAUGAUGCUCAUAAGGUUGGUAUUGAAUAUCUAGAUCAAUAUGCUGCGAAUAAAUGGGAGACAAUUUUACAUUUCAUGGUUGGUACAGAGCUUGAUCAAACACCAAGUCCCGGUGUUUUAAGCUUACUUACUCACAGUGGCUUGAUGGAAGGGAAAACACCAAAAACCAUGACGAUUACAAAUGAAGGAUUCCAGUUUUUAUUACAAGAUGUUAAUGCUCAAUUAUGGACAUUGUUAUUACAAUACUUGAGAAUGGCUGAAAGCUUGCAGAUGGAUCCUGUUGAUGUUUUGAAUUUCAUAUUUAUGCUUGGUUCUUUAGAACUGGGGAAAGAUUAUUCAUUAUCCGCAUUGAGUGAGACACAAGUUAAUAUGUUGGAAGAUUUAAGAGAUUAUGGACUUAUUUAUCAAAGAAAGUCAAGUUCAAGAAGGUUUUAUCCAACAAGACUUGCAACCACUUUAACUUCGGACACAACAACUCUUAGAUCAGCUUCAAGUGCUAUGAAUAAAGUUAUUGAAAACGCGAAACAUAAUGCAUACGCUCCAUCUGAUAUAGAGAAUUCUGGAACAAUCAUUAUAGAGACCAACUUCAAACUAUAUGCGUAUACAAAUUCACCAUUACAAAUUGCCAUUUUAAAUCUUUUCGUGCAUCUCAAAUCAAGGUUUUCCAAUUUAGUGACUGGUCAACUAACAAGAGAAUCUAUUAGAAAAGCAUUAGUUAGUGGUAUAACGGCUGAACAAAUUAUAUCAUAUUUAGAAUCACAUGCACAUCCACAACUACGAAGAGCAGCUGAAGAACAACUUGAAAAGAAGAUAGAAUAUGAUAGUAACACUAAUGAGAAAUUAAACAUUUUACAACCCACUAUUGCAGAUCAAAUUAAACUAUGGCAAUUGGAACUGGAUAGAAUCCAAGCUUUUGACGGGUUCUUAUUUACGGAUUUUGCAAGCGAACAAGAGUAUCAAGUUUUAUCAAAGUAUGCUGAAGAAAUUGGGGUAUUGUUGUGGAAUGAUUCAACUAAAAAGAAGUUCUUUGUUACAAAAGAAGGUAAUGCGCAAGUUAUUGCGUUUGCAAAUAGAAAGUUAAGAAAGAAGGUUUGA